GUGACAUUAGAUUUGGUUUUUCUAUUCUCAGCUGUUCUCAGCUAUACUAUUUACUCUAUUAUAUCUUUUGCAUUCUAUUACAUUUAAAAUGAGAUAUAAUUGAAAGAGAAAAAAGGCAAAACAACAAGUGAAAAUCGAAAGAAUAUACUACAAGUGCAAUUAAACUAACAAAUUUAUCACGUGUGAGUGUAUCAUAGUAGUGAAGUAUGUCAUGUGACCCAAAAUAUAUUCUGUAUGUUUAUAAAGGAACAUGAUUUAAUACGUAUAGCUAUGUAUUUAUAAAAGAGAUUUGCAAAGAAAGAAAAUUUUCUAUAUUAUUAAAUGUGUAUGUUCUCUGUAACAAUAACAGUGAACACGAAUUCGGUUACAUAACCUGUAUUUGUACUUACAGUGUUAUUCAAAAUGAGUAAUUCCAUCAUGGAUAGCCCAGGCUCUAAAGCUCUCGAAGCUGCCAAGAAUAUAAAAGAUUUGGCUAUAUUUAAGAAACCUAUUGGAUCUGCGAAAAAAAGCAAAAGUACUCAACCAAAGAUCUUAGAUGAAGACACAUAUAUUGAGAAAAUGAGUGAAAUUAUACAAAGAGAUUUUUUUCCACAUCUAGAAAAAUUACAAGCACAGAAUGAAUAUCUGGAUGCUUUAGAGCAGAAUGAUAUAAAAAGAAUGAGAGAGUUAUAUGCAAAAUAUAGUUCUGGUCGACCUGUCACAGAAAGACCAGUUAGUCCAGCAACUUUUGAAACUCCGCAACGUAGAGCUGAAUCAGAUGAAUUACCAUGUACCUCUGAAGUAUCAUCCCAGGAAACACCUGUCGAAUAUGCAAAGAAAGAUAGUAAAGAAGAAAAUAAAACCGGCCUCGAUGAUUAUUUGAGUUCUCACACAAGCGAAGAUAAUGCUAGUUUUGAAGAAAUGAUGGUCGAGGCGGAAAAUAAACGUAAAUUGAAGUAUGCCUGGCUUUAUGAAGCAGAAGAGAAGUCAAAAGCGUGGCUCACUAUCGACAAACCUACGACUGAUGUUCUAGCAAUCGAAGGAUCAAACUCCAGGCCCAAACAAGUUGAUAGUUGGACUUAUAAGAAUAAAAAUUACAUUAUGUACAUUCCUGAUGGAGUGGAACUUACAGCUGAAGAGAAAAUAGAAUUAGCUAAAAACAAGCAAAGUGUAACACAUGAAAAUACGAGAUUGAGGAUAAAUCCAUUUAAUGAGCAACAAAAUAAGGAAACUAUCAAUGAAUUAGCCAAAUCGCAAUCCAGAGCUAACGAUGGUAAAAUCGGUGUGGACGGCAAAGAAGUAGUUAGGAAUGCGACGCCGCGGGUAAAUGGCUUCAGUUUUGUGGCGACGCCAAGUCCAAGACCAGGAGAGUGUGAAAGUCCAUUGAUGACAUGGGGUCAGAUUGAAGGGACACCUUUCCGAUUAGAUGGUGGUGAUACUCCAUUACUGAGAACAAGUCAAGGUCCAUCUUUUAGAAUAGCAGAACCACCAAAAAGGGAGCAGUUGGCAUUGCAAUUGGCUGAAAAAGCUGGUGAAAGGCACAGAGAUCGGAAGAAUAAAGCCUUAGAGGCAGCUAGAAAGUCAUUAGCCACUCCAUCACCGAGAUCGACUAUAGAUCGCUUGAGCACAAUGUCUCCUGCAGCGAGAAGAUUAGCGACACAAAAACUCCGGAUAUCGAGCACACCAUCGCCUCGACGAAUAUUAUCGUCGAGGACUCCGUCUGUAGGUAUCAGGACACCUAACACACCACGUGCAAUUACGUCAGCUAAAGACGCUAUCUCCCAAAAACUGGAAACAAAUACUACGCGAAUACAAGGGCCCGUACUUACUGAUAAUUUACUUAAUCUACCUUUGCAACGUCAACGAGCAUCGGAUUUUUUUAAUAAAUGAAAAUAUUAUGUUUAAAGAUAUGUGGAAGAAUUUUCAUGUAGAACUCAAACAAUGUAUAAAUAUUAAGUUUGUUUGUAUA